GGACGCCGGCGAGUCGGCGGGCGUGCUGCUGCGCAUGGCCACGCGCCUGCAGGUGGCGCCCGCCCUGCUCGCCAAGUUCAUCCUCAACUGCUACGCCAACGACACGGACGCGGCGUACCGGCGCAUGUCGGACCGCGGCAAGCGGCAGCGACUGGCGCAGCUGGUGCGCGAGCCGGGCCUGCUGGCCGAGCCGCGCGUGGCCGCCGAGCUGCGGCUGUGUGUGCUGCGCGACAACGGCUACGGCCCGCUGGCCGAGCUCGUCAAGCACACGGUCGGUCUGGAGUACGAGAUGCGACUGAAGAAGAAGCUCAUCUCUCUGAAGAUCCCGUUUCUGACGAAGACGACCUUCGGCGCCGGGCCACGACAGACCCCCGACGUGCUGCUGGACGUGCCGAUCGCGGUGUCGGGAUGCAUAGUGAACUGGAUCGAAAGCAAGGCCUCGUUCGGUGACGACGAGACCCACGAGGCCUACAUGCGGGACCAGUACGAGAAGUACUGGAGCAGGUUCGGACCGGGCAUGGUGAUCUACUGGUUCGGGUUCAUCGGCGACCUGCUGCCGGCCGCGUCGGCGCGCCACGUGCUGCUGCAGCACCGCUUCCCCGAGGAGCAGGUGCAGUUCAUGGCGCCUGAGCUGUCCGUGGCGCCACUGGACGCCGCCGACGGAGACCUGCCGCUUGGACCGCUCUUCGACGAGGAGAGCGACAGUGAAGAGGAGCGGCCGCUGCCCGAGGAGAACAGCGAGGAGGAGGUCUCGGUGUGACGCGUGUGUUGGU